GGACAAAGAAAUAAUACAAGUAGCUCCAGGGGCGCCUUUCUCUGCCACUGUUCCUCGUCCCGUCGUCCUUCUUCCCUACCUCCUCUCUGUCUUGUUGAGCUGACCCAAUUGCCGCAAUGGUUGGCGUUACUGUCUUCUCGGCCGCUCUUGUUGCGGCCGCGCAAGUUGUGCUUGCCUCACCGGUCGCACGCUCUGGCUACAGCUUGAAGGACUCUCACAAUGUUCCUCGGGGCUGGACUAAAGUCAAGAGAGCCCCAGCCGAUCAUGUCAUGCAAGUCCAGAUCGGCCUCAAGCAAGGCAACUUCGCUGAGCUGGAGAGGCAACUGUACGAAGUGUCGGACCCAGACCAUCCCAAUUAUGGACAGCAUUUGUCUUCGGAUGAAGUCGAGGAGCUGGUCAAACCAACAAAGGAGACUACGGAGCUCGUCCAUGAGUGGCUCAGUGACAAUGGCAUUGUGGCUUCAUACAACAGUGCCAAGGACUGGAUCACUGUGGACUUGCCCGUCAGCAAACUUGAGAGUCUCCUCGAUACUGAGUACCACAUCUUUGAGCACAAGGAUGGCGCCAAAGUGGCGCGAGCACCGUCAUGGUCCCUGCCAGCUCAUCUACAUGACCAUAUAGACACUAUUCAGCCCACGAACUCUUUUUUCCGCGCUCGUAACCAGGCCUCCGACGCCUUUGUCGACGUUGGUAUCUUGGCCGAUCCUAACCUUAAGCAUUACCCCACCAACUCGGGAAUUGGCGCCGUCUGCAAUACUAGCUCCGUGACCCCUCAGUGCUUUGAGACUCUCUACAAGACCAAGGGAUACAAGCCGCGAUCGACCCAAAAGAACAAAGUUGCCUUUACGAACUACUUGGGCGAGCACCCUAUUCGCUCUGAUGGCGAGCUGUUCCUCGAGAAGUUCCGGCCUGAAUAUGUCUCAGUAGCACAAACAUUCCCACAAUAUGUCAUUGCGGAUGGACCUGGUGAUGGGCCAAUUACCGACGGGGAGAGCCAGGAGGCCAACCUCGACUUCCAAGCGAUUGCUGGUAUCAACCCUAAAACACCAAUCAUCAGCUACUCGACUGGCGGCUCGCCCCCAUUCAUGCCAUCGAAUAGCACUCCUACCAACACUAACGAGCCCUAUCUCGUUUGGGUGAACUGGCUCCUUGAGCAAAAGUCUAUCCCCCAGGUUAUCUCCACUUCAUACGGAGAUGAUGAGCAAACAGUCCCAGCAUCGUAUGCUCGACGCGUGUGCCAACAGUUUGCCCAAGUUGGCGCUCGUGGAACCACGCUUCUAUUCUCUAGCGGUGAUGCUGGUGUUGGUCCCUAUGGAGAAUGCGUGAGUAACGAUGGCCUUGGCACUGACAAGUUCCUCCCCGACUUUCCCCCCUCGUGUCCUUACAUCACGAGCGUUGGGGCAACGAAGAAUUUUGAGCCUGAAGUCGUUGCCUACCGCCCCGCAUUCGUCGGAAGCGAUGGCGUCGCGCAUGGUAACUACACGUCUGGUGGUGGCUUCAGCAACAUCUUUGAAAUCCCCCCUUACCAGAAGAAGGAGGUCACAAAGUAUGUCAAGAACCUCAAGGGUGAGUACGACGGUUGGUAUAACAAGAAGGGUCGCGCGUAUCCCGACAUCGCCGCCCAGGGCCUCUACUUCGCCUAUUUCUACAACGGCAAGGAAGGAACUAUUUCUGGCACCAGUGCAUCCACGCCUCUUACGGCUGGUAUCAUCAGCCUUGUCAACGAUGCCCUCUUGGCCUCUGGCAAGAAACCGCUCGGCUUCUUAAACCCCUGGCUCUACUCUAAAGGGUACAAGGGACUGAAUGAUAUCACCGAAGGCAGCGCGGUUGGUUGUGGUGUUGACGGCUUCCCAGCUGUCAAAGGGUGGGAUCCUGUUACUGGGCUCGGCACUCCCGACUUCCCCAAGCUUGUUAAGCUUGCCGGUGCCAGACUAUAAGACAUCAAUCAAUCUGUAUAGUGAGCUAAGUAAUAUACUAGCAACAUAGCAUUGGGUAUGCCCAUAUCUUAUUAUCUUCAGUCCGGGUUUAUCUGUGAUUCUCUCUUGCUAGUAACAAGGAUUGAUAGAGCAUGUCCUUCGGGCCAGUGUGUCCUUCCAUCACCUCAGUCUAGGGCCCAAGCCCAAAUUUUCUCUAUCAAACUCUCUUGUGGUCUUCUGUGUAGCACUCGAAAAGUGUA